AUUUGUGGUCUGUUCAGUUAAUUCUGUAGUGCAUGCACUUUGGUCGUGAGGUGUGUAGUGGACUUUGUUGUUAAGAAAAUAUUUAAUUUAUUUCGCUGCCUCACCAGUUAAACUGAGUAAUCAUGACAGAACAUGUGGAGAUUUCAAAUAAAGUUAAUUUAAUAGGAGCAGUUGAUCAAGGAACCGGUAGCUCCCGAUUUCUAGUCUUUGCACCGGAUACUGCAGAAAUAGUUACAUAUCAUCAAAUAGAAACUAAACAAAUAUAUCCACAAGCUGGAUGGGUCGAACAAGAUCCAAUGGAGAUAUUAUCCAGUGUUUUGACUUGCAUUGAUAGAACGGUUGAAAAGCUUCGUGAAUUUGAAAUCGAUCCAUCCUGUAUCAAAGCAAUAGGAGUAACAAAUCAAAGAGAGACAACUAUAGUAUGGAAUAAAUACACUGGUAAACCAUUGUAUAAUGCUAUAAUAUGGCUUGAUUCUAGAACUGCUGAAACGGUCGAGACGUUAUCUAAACAAAGAGGAGCAAAAGCUAUAAAGGAGAAAUGUGGUUUACCCAUAACUAGUUAUUUUAGUGCUGUGAAGUUAAAAUGGUUAAUUGAGAACAUUCCAGAAGUAAAGGAAGCGAUUAAACACGAUCAAUGUUUAUUUGGUACUGUUGAUUCAUGGAUCAUUUGGAAUUUAACUGGCGGUGUUAAUAAUGGUAUUCAUGUAACUGAUGUUACAAAUGCCAGUCGUACAAUGCUUAUGGACAUUCGCAUGUUGAAAUGGAAUUCUUGGUUAUGCAGUUUCUUCCGUAUUCCAAUGUCUAUUUUGCCUAACAUUCGUAGCAGCUCAGAAAUCUUGGGAUAUUUAUCUUGUAGCUCAUUAUCUGGAGUUCCUAUUUCAGGAUGUUUGGGAGAUCAGAGUGCAGCACUUCUAGGCCAGCUCUGUUUGAAGCCAGGUACCGCAAAAAACACUUAUGGAACAGGAUGUUUUUUACUUUGUAAUACUGGUAGAGUACCUGUUUGGUCCCAGCAUGGAUUGUUGACUACUAUUGCUUUUAAGUUGGGUCCUGAUGCGCCUACUAUGUAUGCUCUUGAAGGUUCUGUAGCCAUUGCUGGAGCUUUGAUUCAAUGGCUUCGAGAUAAUUUAGGAAUUGUUGCAGAUUCCUCAUAUAUUGAAACAUUAGCUGCCUCCGUUGAUGGUACACAUGGUGUUUAUUUUGUUCCAGCAUUCUCUGGACUAUAUGCUCCUUAUUGGCAGCCCAGUGCAAGAGGUACCAUCUGUGGACUGACACAAUAUUCUACCAGAGCACAUCUUGCCCGUGCUGCAUUAGAAGCUGUUUGUUACCAAACAUGUGAAAUUGUUGAUGCCAUGAAGUUGGAUAGUGGAUUCCCAAUGGAACAACUUCAAGUAGAUGGUGGGAUGACAAGUAAUAAGAUGCUCCUGCAAAUGCAGGCUGAUUUGUUAGGUUUUCCAGUUGUUCUCCCUUCAAUGCCAGAAACUACAGCCCUUGGAGUGGCUAUAGCAGCUGGAGCUGCCAAAGGGAUUGAAGUAUGGGAUAUUGCUUCAACUGAAUCCAGUGAUGUGACGAUUGAUAUUUUCAGUCCUAGCAUAUCACAGACGGAGAGAGAUAAGAGAUAUGCAAUGUGGAAAAAAGCAGUUAAACGUUCUUUAUACUGGGAUGAGGAUAGUUUGAAAUCAAAUAUGAUUAGGAAUCCAAUUUUACAGUCAUUACCUGGUGGUAUAUUUUUAUUUACAUCUUUUGCUAUUCUUUUGCUAGCUGAAACACUGAAAUGACCAAUAUUUUAAUAAUUAUAAAAUUGCUUAUUUGCAUUCUGGUUAUCUUAGUUCUAUAAAAUGUUUUAAAACUUUUUUUUUUUUUUUUUUUUUUUUUAAUAUUGGUUUAGUGAUUAGGCUCUUGUGCAUGUAUAUUUACCGUAUGUUCACAGAACAUAAACACAUUCCUCUGUUAUCUAAAGUUUAUCAUGUAAUUGUCUUUGAAUUCUGAAUCCAUUCACAAUUUUAAAUAGCCUUAUGCUGGAUAAGCAAUGGUAUUCAUAUAUUUUUGUUUGCAAGAAGUAAGUUAAGAGUUUACUUAUUAUAAUAUUUAUUUGUUAAUGUUGCUUAGUUUGACCAUAGACUUAACCAGAAUGCAAUAGUUGACUGUUUUUUUUUUUUUUUCCUUUCUUUCUUUCUUUCUCCCAAUGAAUUGUUUCUGUGCCAUUUCUUGUUUAGAGUGAGUGUCCCUUUUUUUUUUUUUCCUUUUAAAAAGUCAAGCUCAGCCAAUAUUUUAAUAAGAUGCUUGACUUUUGAAUUGCUACAAUGAUGUGCUUGUAUUUUUAUAAACGCUUGGCCAUUAGUACUUUGGAAUUCUUUGGUUUUAGUGACAUGAAAUUAUUAAAAAACUAUGUUUUAUGGUUGCUAUUGUUAGGUACUUAAGAACCAUAUUGAAGUUCGUAUUGAGUAUUAAUAAUUGAAGUUUCUGUACAGAAGUUUUUAAAAUUAUGUGUUCAGUAUUACUUUCAACUUUAAAACUGAAUGAAAUUAAUAUUAUUAUGAAGUCUUGAAUCUUGUCAAACGUCUAUUUGAAAAUGUAUUCUGCUAAUAUAAAUUGUUUUGGAUACUGUUGAAAACUUAUGUUAAAUAUUUUGAGCUUUGAUUAUAUGAACAUUCCAUAACUGUAAAUUUAUGUUCUCAAUUUAUAAUGCUGAAAUUGGAAUUACUUGACUAUAUUAAAGCUUGUAACUACUUGCUUUUAAAAUGUUAUCGUAAAAAUGAUCUUUAUUUAUUUAAUAAUUUUGCAUCAAUUUUUUUUCGGGUACCGCCAAGUUUGGCGCCAAAUUUUAAAGCUAAAGUUGCCAAUAUGGCAACCUCUCUACGCCUGCAAUGUAUGGCAACCCUGUGAAGAGAAUGGGGUGAUGUCGAUGAUGUAAUUAUAAACUAAUCAGGUAUGAAUUGACUUUGAAUAUCAACCAAUUAGGUAUAAGGGCACCUUUUCGCGGGGAAUUUCUAAUUUCUACUGCUCCCCAAGUCUUGUAACGUAGUUUUUUCUUACUUUCUUCGAUUUCUCUUAUGGUGGCAGCUUUUCGGGGGGAAUUUCAAGAUUUUCUCUUCAGUUAAUUGAUGAUUGGAUUUAUUCUGAUUUCUUCUGCUCUCCAAGUCUUGUAAAGUAUUUUUUUUCUUUCUUCGAUUUUUCUUGUGGUGUAAAAUGGCUGGUAUGAAUGUGACAAAUGAGGAAUCCCUUAAAUUGAGGAUUUUUUUCGAUUUAGAACGUUUGGGAGCGAAAGCGUGUGUUGAAUGGUGCAUUAAAAUGGAUUUAAUUGCUGAUGGAAGUGCGGUGAGUGCGGGCAGGAUAUGGUAUUAACAGAAAGGAAAGGUUUGUAGGAGAGAAGGGCAUUAUUGUAAAUUAACGAAAUUAUCAUCGUUCAAUCGGGCGAGUUAAAAAAAAAAUUGUAUUGUUAUUUUUGUGCAUUUUUUUAAAUUUAACAUUGUUCAAAUUGUGCUAUUUUUAAUUAUUUCUAAUUCUUAUUUUUGUUCUUUUUGUAUACUUCAUGCCAAAUGUUUCUCCUGCCAUAGCCCCAUAGACGCUGUAAUCUUCAGAAAAAAAUCUCUUGAAAAUAGUCAUAAUAUUGAGAAAUACAAUUCUGAAGAUUACAGCGUUCGCGGGGCUUGACAAGAAAAAUUUGGCGGGAAAUCGCCAAAUGGUACCCGUCUCUAGAACUGUACCAAGAAAAAUAAGGCCACUGACAAAAUUUCCUUAUUUACAAACAGCAAAACUUCCAAAUUUGAGGAAUAUAUUCAAUUUAUAUUUUAAUAUAGUAUGUAAGCAAAUGCUAUGUUUACAUUAUGUAGUUUUUAUAGUUAUUAAAAUAAUAUAUUGUUUUCAAAUUUCAUUUUCUCAUGAGAAAGAAUCAAGAGUCAAUUAUCCCCCCCCCCCCAAAAAAAAACAUGAUUAUCCGUAUCAAGUGUUGUCCCAUUUAAUCUAGAUAAUUGGAUUUCAACUGUAGCAUUUUGUACCAUUGAGAAUAUUUUGAUUUUUCAGAUUCUGUAUUCUUAUUCCUAAUUUCUGAGUUUCCUCCCUCCCUCUUUUAUCCUUUUUUUUUUUUUUUGUAUAUUUGAGUAUAAUAGAAAUACAAUGCCAUUGAGUAAAAAAAAAAAAAAAUCACAUUUGAAUUAAUAGAAAGAUUAAUUAAAAUUAUCUUGAAGCUGAGUAAAAAAUAUUUCAUAAUUCAAUAGAUAAGUUUGACUAGUUCUGAGAUUUAAACUUUAAAUUGAACUAUAUUAGCUUCUAACAUUAAAGUACUGUGUUGGGAUUAGAUUCCAUUAGCAUUAGGCUACUUUUUUUUAUUGUGGUUUAUUUUUAACUUUGCCGUUAGUAAGAAUUUAAAUAUAGUAUCUUUUAAAUAUAAAAUAUAUCUAUUUUCUAAAUUUUUUACCAGAGAAAUUUAUAAUUUCCCUAAAUUUUAAUUAUGACUGAUGAAUUCUGAAGAAUUAGUUUGUUUUGUUUCAGUGUUUAUCAUUUUGCAAUGUCUUUACUUUAAGACUUUUUAAUUUAUUUUAAUAAAGUUAUGCUUUCCCUAUUUUUACUAAUUUUCAAUAGUUUAGUUUAUUUUCUGAUAUAAACUUUAAUAAGUCAUUGUGUUAUUUUUCAAGAAUGUGCUUCAUACCUGUGUUUCUUACAGUUAUUCUUUCUUGUUAAUUUUUUUCAAAGUUUUAUUAUGUUUGUUAUCUACUUAAUGUUUAGUUUUAGAAUUGAUAAGUUAUAAAAUUUUUUCAUUGUUUCCCCAUUUUUUUUAUUAAUCUUUAUUGAAGGAUAUAAUCAAACAUUAAAUAAUGCACAAAUAUAGAGCAGUAUCUCAUAGUUAUGAUUCUCACGUUUUCAUUUUACUAUAACAAGGAUAUCAAAUUCAAAUGCUAAUCAGGGCAAAUAAAUAAGACUUAAGUUUAUGUGACCUACAACCCCCCCCCCUCCUUAUUUUUAUAGGAUCAUAAGUUUAUUUUAAAAACAUAGUUAAAAAGAUGAUUAAAUUAAUAUUUUUGUCUUGAUAGUUGGCAUCUCCUCCCUGCUAUCAUCUUUCUUAUUUCUGGGGAUAUCAUGUGUGCAGUAAUUAAUAUCAAAACUGAUACAAGGUGAAUGUUAAUAUUUCUGGAACUGGGAGGAGACUUAUAUCCUUUUAUAAAUGAAAGUAAUUCGAUAAUUAGAAAUUAAAAUUUUGUAAAGUAUUACAUUUGCUGGAGUAUAUUUGCUUGCAGUAUAUUUUCACAGACUGCAAGCCAGCCUUGAGUUUGAGACCCUUGUAUUAUAGCAUUGGUAGGAAAUGAAAACAUAAAAUAAUUCUUAAAUGUUUUUUUUUUUUUUUUUUUUUUUUUUUUUGUUAUUGUUAUCAGAAUAGUUAGUAAUCUUGAAAAUGUUUUUCUCAAGUUUCAUUUUUUUAAAACUGGGAAUCACCAUGAUUUAUUAUCUGAAAUUAUGUUAAUAUAAAAAUAUUCAUUUGUGUAAAUGCAAGGAAAUAUUCUUCAAUGCUUAUUCUUUGAAAAUCAUAUUUUUUCCCAUUGGAUUUAUACUAUAUCUAGUCGUUUCAUCUGAUCAUGACAUAUUUAUUUUAAUUAACUUUAUUUUUUAUAUGAGUUUCUAAUGAAUUAAAAUCUGUAUUUUGAAAUCCUUCCUUACAUAUUGUUGUAUAAUUUAUUUGUUAGUUUAAUUGAGAAAGUUGUAUGCAUAAUAUGCAUUUUUACUUUUCAUAGAAGUGAUAUUUUUUUAUUUUAUUUAAGUUGGUUAUCUAUAUCGUUACAUGUUAAAUUCUUGUUUUCUGAAUACAGUAGAUCUAUGUUAUGCUACUGACAGAAUUAGGAUAUUAGCAAUGUGGUUCCUGUUAUUAUGUAAAAUUUGUUAUUGCAAAUUGAUUUGUAUUUGGUGUUUGGGUUAGUUGCUUAUAUGGAAGGUCAGUUGUGUAGAUCUGCUGUAUUCCUAUUUGUUUUAGGAAUUUAUUUUCAGCCUGGAGUGCCUUUACUGCUGAACAGACAAAGGAUUCUUAUUGAAUGAAAUGUUGUCAUGCUAAAUGUAAUGUACUAAAUAAAAUGUACAUUUCAUUUUAGUAAAGUUAUCUAACUUUGACUGUCAGAUUUUAUAAUUAUUGUUGUUGCAAAAAUCUUAAUAGAA